AUGGCAAAUAUCUCUUAUAUCAAAGGUGUUAGAACUAGGUUUCGUAAUGUUCUAGAAAGAGAAAUCAGUGUAGCAAAGGAUUUACUUACGUAUAUUGUUGAGGAUGGCGAAGAGGAAGAAAUGGAAUUAAAAAUUUCAAAGUGCAUGGAAAAGCUUAAGUCUUUCAUUGAAAAAGUGGAAACUCAAAGUGAAAAGUUGUGUUGUUUCAUUAAAGAAAGCGAAAGUGAGCUUAUUGGAACGAUAUUGGACGAAGACUGUGCAUUGUGUACAUAUGCUUUGGAUUUACAUUCGGAUUUAAAACAUUUCAAAGAAAAAAUUGUACUUCGAAUAAAGAAAAGCACCAUAAAAGAAGAAGCCGUUGAUCAUUCUACAACAAAGCAAUUACUUGAUCUGCAAGCUAAUAUGCAGAAGUUACUUGAGUCUCAAUUGAAACAAAAAGAACAUUUUGAAAUGAAAUCGUUAGAAAAUGUUUCAACGGUUAAGUUACCUAAAAUUGAAAUGAUCUCAUUCGGUGGCGACAAAACAAAGUGGAUCGAGUUUUGGGACUCUUUCAAAUGUGCUGUUGAUAAAAACAAAUCACUAACGGAUGUUGAAAGAUUCAACUAUUUAAAAACAAAGUUGUUUGGCGAAGCUAAAAUUGCUAUAGCAGGUCUAGCACUCUCAAACGAAAACUACAAAGUAGCAGUGGAUAUACUAUUAAAGAGAUUUGGUAAUCCUCAAGAAAUCAUUGACGUACACUACAAUGAAUUGAUAAACAUGCAACCUGCUUCAAAUAAAGUUGAGUCCCUUAGGUGUCUUUCAGAUAAAGUGGAAAGACAUUUGCGAAGCUUAGAAGUUUUGAAACAAAAUGUGGAUCAAGAUAUCUUUGUGUCCAUAUUACGGUCAAAACUGCCGGAGGAUGUUCUUAUUCAGCUUGAAAUUCAGAAAGGAGUAGACGUUAAGUGGACUGUGACUAGAUUAAAUAAACAAUUACAAGAGUACUUGGUUGCUCGUGAACGUGCUGUUAAAGAAAAGGUGAAGGAUACAAAAAGCAAAACAGAAGGUCAUGAACGAAAUACAUCAUUAAAUAAACUGCCAUCGGAAAGAUAUUCUUCUACCAGAAAUGGUGUUACAAACAUGAAAUCAUCAGCAACGGCGUUAGUUACUACAGGUGCCAAUGCCAUAAAGAAACCUUUCGAUACAAAGAAACAGUGUCGUUACUGUCAGAAAGCGCAUUGGAGUGAUGAGUGUAAUCAAUACAAAACUAUACGUGAAAGAAGAGACCGUGUAAAAGGAAGUUGUUUUAAAUGUCUGAAACCUGGACACUUAUUCAAUGAUUGCAAAACUAACAAAGCUUGUGUAUACUGUGGAAAAAUGAAUGCACACCAUAGAAGUCUAUGUCCGAAGAAGUUCAGUCAAACUGAAAAUGUGACACAUUUAGCAAAUGAUGUACAAAUGAGUUACGAAUCACAAGAAGUGAGAGAAAAUGGUCUCAUGGCAAUGAAUGAAGUGAUAUUUAUGCAAACUGCAAGAACUGAAAUUCAAAACCCAGAAACAAUGGAAAGUUCACAUGUAAGAAUUUUAUUUGACUCAGGGUCACAUAGGAGUUAUAUGUCGGAAGCAUUAGCACAAAAAAUGAAUUUAAAGGUGUUUGGAAAACAAGAUAUUCAUGUAUCAACAUUUGGCAGCAAGAACAUACAAAAAAUCUCAACUAAAUAUACAAAAGUAAGUGUGAAAUUAAAGAAUGGAAAUAAAAAGGAAAUAACUGUUAACAUUGUGCCAUUUAUUAGUGGUGAACUCCAGCGACGACCAGUGAAAGAUCUACUAGAGUCAGAAAGAGUACAUGACAUAAUUGAUAGUGUACAACUUGCAGAUAGUUUACCAACAGAAGAUGAAAUGUCUCCAAUUGAGUUUUUGAUUGGUAAUGACUAUUACUUAGACUUUGUUCUCAGUGAGAGAAUUGAGAUAAAACCUGGUCUUUAUUUGUUGGCUUCUAAUCUAGGAUGGAUCCUCAGUGGAAGAACAUGCAAUACAGAAGUACGUAGAGAAGAUGACAUGAGUAUGCUUAUUCUCACACAUGCCAGUAAUACAAUCAAUGAAUGUACAUUUGCUAGUAUGGACAAAAGUUUACAAACCACAAAAAUUGCAAUGGACGAUCUAUGGAAUAUUGAAGCAAUCGGUAUGACAGAUAAACAGGUAGACUCUGAUGAUGAGAUAGCAAUGAAGAAAUUCCGUGAAACAAUCCAAUACAAAGACAAACUAUAA